AUGCGGUCAAGCAUCACCGUCGCCUCUCCCCUCCCUCCACCCAUCUGUUAUUGCUACCGCACGAGAUAUUUGAUGACCCCCAUCAAGGCACCGGGGCUCUCAUCGCUCCCGCUGGCAAACGCCUGGUGGCAUCAGCAUGGACUGGCAGACCGUCUCGACGGCUUCCGUGCCUGCCGCCAGCCAACCCCAUGCCAACUACCGUUUCAGAGGAUUGCUAAUGGAGGCGUGUCACCGGCGUGGGCUGAACUUUCGGCAGCUGUUAAGCAGUCUCUCACCAAAUCGACCACCACGGCCAAGCAUCAACAGCCAGAUCUACCACUGGUACUGGUGAGUGCCUGCUUACUCAACUACCCCGUCACAUAUCGGGGUACUCACACAAGCCUUCCAGCCUUUCUGCGGCCGACGCCGCUACUGUUCCUCACGGAGGUGCUCUUCAAGGAGCUGGGCCUUGUGCGAUGCGUUCCUGUGUGUCCUGAAGUGCAGUGGUUGAGGUUGCCGGUCCCUCGUGUCCCGCUGCGGCUUGUUCGAGGCCGCAGCGGCACAGACGGCGCCGACCAACGGGGCAGCGGAUGGACAGCGCCUCAACACAGCUCAAGCGGGCCAUUGCCACCCUUGACAGCGAGCCCUUCGGGGGGUGUCCCUGGUGAAGGUGAGCGCGAGGUGCGGUAUCUCGUCGAGUCCGCAGCAGAGGAUCACGUCCUGUUGCAGUAUGAUGCGGCGAACAACACACCGGCAGCACUGUCGUCGUCCCCCCAACUUGACUCAGCGUUCUUGGUAAAGCUCUUGCAAGACCUACGAGCUGUGGAUGGCAUUGUUCUCAAGUCUUACUCGCCCAGCUGUGGAGUUCGAGAUGCCCGCCUCUACGAGGAAGCCGUCACAUCACCGUCCUCAUCGCAGUGUGGUCAGCACGCCUGCAACGCUUGUGAGCACGCAGGCAAGCCGACGUCGGUGUCUAUCGCUGGCCGGCGCCCCGCUGCGUCAGCAAGUGCCCAGCGCCGCUUCGACCUUGUCGAUGGCUUCUUCACACAGCAGCUUCGCAACUUCCUGGCCUCAAUGAACAGUAUGCACGGAGGCAAAAGUACAGGCACCUGCAGUUAUACCGAGGCAGUAGCACCAGUCAUCACCUGUGACCGCCUGCUUACCCACUUCUACACUGAGGAACGCUGGAAUCGAGCACCGUCGGCUAGGAAAGUCAAGAAGCGGUGCGUCGAUGUUAACGCUUUGGAGGCAGCCCCGAACCUCACGUCACUGGACAGCUUUAUGGACUCGGUAUUGCAGCAUCGGGACUGGCGUCUUUCGCGAGAGCGCCCCUAA